UCCUAAUAAAAGCGAACGGCGGCAACAUUACACAUUUACACAACUACACAAUUACACAAUUAUACACUCCCACUUAAAAUGGAAAAAGAGAGAGACCUGACGAUGACGAUGGAGGACCUCGCGGCUCUCGGCGCCGAUAUGUUAUACGUGCCGGGGAUGAUAGUCGGAGGCGGAAACAGCGGAGGCGGCGGCAGCGGCAGCGGCGGCAUCACAACUUUCAAGCAACUGAAAGAGAAAAGCACGUUUGUUCCCGACCUAACAAACUCCAGGUCGUACGACUGCUUGUUGAGGAACCAGAUGAGACAUUUCUACUGGAACCAAAUCCAGAAGUUUGGGGGUUUGGAAGGUCUUCUUGGCAAGAAUUUGGUCGUUUUUCAGCUUGUCUUGGUUGAUGAAGGUAGAGACCUGCAAAUGAAGCUGUAUCAUGACGUUUCCAAACAGAAUCCAGAGGAUCCCAAUGUUGCUGAAUGUUCUAGAAACUUGUUUAAAGCUCAUAUUCCGCAUUUGCUGCAAUGCCUCCAAGAUUCCAAACGCUGGGUGUACUCUCGCUCCUUGGUGAUCAAAGAGUAUAACAGGGCCUUGCUCGAUGAUACACUUCUGAAGCUCCUCUCCCAUGACCCUGUUGGUGGCCUUAAAGACAUAGCAUUUGAUGUCCCAUUCGGUACUCCUGACUCUGAGGUUGAUAAACAGUUGUAUGACUUGAUGAAAAAUCCAGUGAAGGAGUACAAAGAUACACCCAUGCCACUUGGAAUUCAUUGUACUGAGGUCUUGAUGUUUCUUGCUGGAGAUUUUGCUCUCGAUGAUGCUGGAGGCUUGAACAGUCGUAAUGCAGUUCUGAAACUCUUGCGUUAUCUGAAUACUGAGGAUGGAAUGCAGAAAAUAUAUGGGUUUGAUGAGAUGGUUGCUGGUUGCCCCAAAGUGAGCCCUGAGAAGAUAAAGUCGCUGAAAGACGUGCAUUUGACUACUUGAUCAUAAGCUGUACUCGCGUGUUGGUUUCAGAAAUUAUGUUCCACUUAUCGGAUUUGUUUUGGCUAUGCUGUAGAGAACUUUGUGAAUAAUGUCGCUGAAAGACGUGCAUUUGACUAGUUGAUCAUAAGCUGCACUCGCGUGUUGGUUUCAGAAAUUCUGUUCCACUUAUCGGAUUUGUUUUGGCUAUGCUGUGAGUUUGUAAUAAUUGUAGAAAACUUUGUGAAUAACGAGACUCUAAACCCGUCAAGUAACCUUAGGGAAUAGGGAUGCAAGUAAACUUCGUACUGGUCUUUGUAGCUUAGCUUGGAGCUGAGUAAUGUAACUCUAAGCUUCUAGUGGCCGGUUUUGACUGGAUAUACAGAUUCUCAAGUACUUUAACUGACAUUAUACGUGCUUGUAAAUCACCAUUUCAGGCAAUCUAUUGCUUUCCUUAA